AUGAUGAGCAAUCUGUCUAGUGCCACUGAGUUCUGCCUUCUAGGCUUCCCUGGGUCCCAAGAACUACAUCACUUUCUUUUUGCUAUAUUCUUUUCGUUCUACUUAGUGACCUUAAUGGGAAACACAGUCAUCAUUGUGAUUGUGUGUGUUGAUAAACGUCUGCAGUCUCCCAUGUAUUUCUUCCUUGGUCAUCUCUCUGCCUUGGAGAUCUUCGUUACAACUAUUAUUGUGCCUGUGAUGCUUUGGGGGCUGCUGCUCCCUGGGAUGCAGACAAUAUCUCUGGCUGCGUGUGUCACCCAGCUCUUCCUUUACCUUGCUGUGGGGACCACAGAGUUUGCAUUACUGGGAGCGAUGGCUGUGGACCGUUAUGUGGCUGUCUGUAACCCUCUGAGGUACAACAUCAUUAUGAACAGCCGCACCUGCAUCUGCGUGGUCAUUGUAUCAUGGAUGUUUGGGUUCCUUUCUGAAAUAUGGCCCGUCUAUGCCACAUUUCAGUUUACCUUCUGCAAGUUAAAUCAGUUAGACCAUUUUUUCUGCGACCGAGGGCAACUGCUGAAAUUAUCCUGUGAUGACACUCUUUUCACGGAGUUUGUUCUUUUCUUAAUGGCUGUUGUCAUUAUCAUUGGCUCUCUGGCUCCAACAAUUGUCUCCUACACCUACAUCAUUUCUACCAUCCUCAAGAUCCCCACAGCCUCGGGCCGGAGGAAAGCCUUCUCUACUUGUGCCUCUCACUUCACCUUUGUUGUUAUAGGCUAUGGCAGCUGCUUGUUCCUCUAUGUAAAACCUAAGCAAACACAGGCAGCAGAGUACAAUAAGAUAGUUUCCCUGUUGAUUUCUGUGUUAACCCCUCUCCUGAACCCUUUCAUCUUCGCCCUCAGGAAUGACAAAGUCAAAGAGGCCCUUCGGGAUGGAGUGAAACGCUGUAGUCAACUCCUCAAAGAUUAG